GCAGGCCAACAUCCGGGGAUUCAUAAAAGUUAGGAAAUGUCACGUUGCUUUUAUCUCUUGAAUAUCUUUCUUUUGAGUACAUGACAAAUAAUAUUAUCAAUAAUCAGUAUCUUCAGGACAAUAAGGCAAUCACAUACUAAAACGAUGGCAGUGGAAUUGUCAGAUCCUCCAUCCAUAAAAUUGCCAUUAAAAAUACCCGACGAGGCUGAGUUAGUUUCAGUUUUGUCCAAGGGGUUAUUAAAGAAUUUUCAAGAUGUGUCUGUCAACAUUGUUGACUGCCCUGAUUUGAGAGAGAAACCAUUUCAAUUGGCUGCUGAAGGUAUAUGCGGAAAUCCUUGUGUUGCUGACAUUGGAGGUCCUCCUUUUCUUCUUCCCACUGUCCAUAAAGAAAAGAUUUAUAAUAUUAAAACAAUAUCUGAAAUUUCUGGUCAACAAGAUGGAUUUUUCAUUGGUGCUGGAGCUGGCCCAGCUCAUUUGAUAGGGGUUAAUUCUGAGAUGAUGUGCAAUGUGAACCUAAAUAAACCAGAUGGGUGUCAGACUUACAUCGCAAAGGUCAAUCCUGAGAAUGGUUGCUUUAAUCUAAAACAAAUUGAACAUUCAAGUUUUAUGUUAAUGGCUAAUUUACUUUGCUGUGAAGGUAAACAGGGAAAGGUAAUCGAAGUGAAAGCGAGCAAGCGCAUUGGUGAUGAUAAUUUUCCCACAGCAAUUCGGAAAACUUUAAAGUCUCAAUAUGGCAGUGAACCUGUAGCAUUAGGUGGUGUAUUUAUCAUAGAAAAUGGUAAAGCUAAGCUUCAUAUUAUGCCUGAUUUCAGUUGUAAACCAAUAAAUAAUGUCACAGAACUUAAUAAUUGGCUUCGUUUUUAUGAAGCAAAUGCACCUUUGGUGUGUCUUGGAGAAUUGAUUUCCCAUGAUCCUGAUCUGGACUUAAGAGAGGAACAUUUCCACUGCUUCAGUCCUCAUGGACAGGGUGGUCAUUAUCAUUAUGAUGUCACUCCAGAAGAAGUUAGUUAUCGAGCAUAUUUCUCUGUUGCCAAAACCCUGUAUAGAAUUGAUAAGCCAGAACAUCCACUUAAUUUUGGUAAAGAUUAAUAUAUAAAGAACUGAAACUAAAAAUAAGUAUUGAUAUAUAUCACAUAUAUUUUAUAAUCAAUGAAAAAAAUUUUGCUAUCAAAUGAAGUUUAUGAAAUGUAUUGAAAUAAAAGAACAUAUCAAAUAACCAUA